AUAAGUUAUAACCCCGUCUUUUCAAUCCCUAUUUAAUUCAAGUUUUUCUAUUCACCUAAAGAAUAAAAAUUUGGUUACAUUUUCCGUGUAAAUAAUAAAACACCAAAAGAUUCUUUAACAUAUUUGGACUAUGGCUAGUAGUGGAUUCCAGGAAGCGCAUGUCUCGUCUUCUUUGGGACUCGUCAGCUGAAUACUUUUUCCAUUUCAGUUACUUCGUCAUAUAACGUCAUCAUCAUCACUAGUCCUAAUUUCUCAAAAGAACAUCGAGAGAUUCUUUUAAAAACCAGUUACUAUUGAGAACACAGUUCCUUUCUGUGCAACUGUAGCGACUGCUGUAGUUCCGACUCAUAUUCAAAUACAGUAGAAUCUAAAAUUUAAUACAUAAAGAGCAAGCCAAAAUAUUAUGUCUACAUGAAGAAAUUAAAACACUGUGAUUUAAUCAAUUCUAAGUACUCAAUGCGUGAAUCGAGAAAGGAUCAUGUAAAUAAACUGGAUUUUAAAAAUCAAAAUUUCCAAUCUACCUCAAAUCUUUGUAGACAAAUCAAUGGGAGUACUAGUAGCAGGAGAACAAAGUGUGGUCAUCGCGAAAAUUCUACUUCGUCUAAAAAUAUGUACAAAUUAGACCAGUCAUAUUUGAAGUCAUCUCUAAAGAAAAAUAUUGAUAGUUCACCGUUAACUGACAACAUUUUUACAGUCAAUAUUAGACAGCAAAACCUGUCAAAAUCAUUGAAUUAUUCACGUCGCAUUAUUUCGCCUUUUUCUGAAAGUUCAACAGAUAAUAACUAUGAACUUAUUAAUUCCACUACAUCUUCAGUUUGUUCAAACGGAUGUUCAGUUGAAAACUCAUGGUCAAAUUUAUGGCGUAGUGGCCUUCCUGAGCAAAAGUUAACUGUAUGGUUACCUAGACGGUAUACUGAACAAGGUUAUGAACAACUUCAGUGUAGAUUGAGCAAAGCUUCAAGUAGCAUCAAACUACAUCAAAUUAGCUUUCCUGAUAUAAAUUUCCUAGAACUGGAUAGUAGUUUGACAUUGAAGACAAUCCAAAAGCUUUCACCACAGAGGAAUAUGACAUCCAACAGUUAUUGGGCGUCGAACGCUCGUUGUUCUGGUCACAAUGUUACUAUCGCUAUUAAUAACAAUAAUAAGAGUAGUACAAAUAAUUCCAGAAUUUCGAAUAAUCUUCAUAAAAAUGGAGAUGUACACCUGAUGCACCCUGAUAAUUCAAAUAAAUUAACCAUAAUGGGGAAUUCUUAUUCUGUCAAUAGACCUCCAGAUAUUAAAGAAAAAACUUUGGCACAACUGUCUCUUAUUAGAAAAGAAGAAAACUGCACAGUAUCAAUUGAUUCUGUACGCAUACACAAUAUGGAAGUAUUUCACUGUCAAAUGAUUAUGGAAAUACUAAUAUACAACAAAAACAUCUAUUCACUGUAUUUGUUCAGGUACCAAUGUGAAAGGUUAUAUGGAUCCGAUGGUAGGCGCACCAAUAGAAUACUUAAAUCGUAUAAAUGAACUGUCGAAACUACAGGCGAUUACCAAACGUUGGGAACGUACACGAUGUCGUCGUCGGGUGAAGAAAGAUAUGAGCAUUAACAAAUCAGUUACAGAUUCAAUUAAAUAAUUAAAUAUGAUUGUGAUACAUUUUUUUCUACCUUUUGUAAAUUGAUAUAAAUGCUUUAGCAUUUAAAAACUGUUUUUCAUUACUCGAUGUUUCAACUGAGAGUCAGAUAACUUUGAGGAUGAGAAAACAAACUUUGAUCUUCUGAAUAA